UAAGCUGAAAAAAUGAGUAAAAUGAAUGUUUAUAAAAUUUUAAAGAAAGUACCGCUCCUCCUCACCUUUAUGAUCGUCACCGUAUCGUCCGUCUGUAAACAUGACCAUGUGCUCUGUAAUUAAAAUUAUAUUAUAUUGAAUAAAAUAAAGUUGAGGCUGAAUAUGGCUAAAAAGAACUGGAAAAAGACAACUUCGAAUUCUGCCAAUGCUAAUCCUUUUAAUGUAAAAGUUAAUCGCAAAAAACAUAGUGUGCUUGGUGAGAAGAUCAAAGGUACAAAAGGAUUACCUGGUAUUUCUCAUGCUGUUGGAAAUGCAAAAAGGAAAGAACUUUGGUAUAAAACAAAAGCAAAAGCUUAUAAAGCAAAUCGCUUUCUUGAUAAACGAUUAUUAGACAGCUCUGUGCCUUUAGAUGAACGUGCUACUCAUCGACUUGUACGAGAGAGGCAGAAAAAACUGAAAAAGAGCAUAUUCAAUUUAAACGAAGAUGAAGACUUGACUCAUGAGGGAGUACCUAUUGAAAAUUUUAAAAAAUUUGAUGAUUACAUACUUGGCUCGGAAGACGAGGAGCAGCUGGAUGCUGCAUUUGUAAACCGGGCACAUUUUGGAGGAUUCUCAUCAGAUGCAAAAAAUGAACCUCCUAAAAGCCACAAAGAAAUUAUUGAUCAAUUAAUUGUAGAAAGUAAGCAAAAGAAACAAGAAAGGAAAAUUGAAAAUGAAGCUACUGCAGACCUAACAGAAAAGUUAGACAAAGAUUGGAAAGAAAUGUGCUUGCUAAUGCCAGGCAUAAAGGGGAAAAAACAAGCUGCUGCUCCAGAAAAAGAUGAUCUAUAUGAUAGAAUAACACGAGAAUUGAAAUUUGAAAUGAAAGCAACACCUGCUACUCGUUUGAAAACUUCAGAAGAAAUUGCAAAGGAAGAACAAGAAAAAUUACAGCGACUUGAAAAAGAGAGGCUUGCUCGAAUGCUUGAUGAUUCAGAACUUGAAAACGAUAAAAGUCAACAACAUCUUUCAGCUGAUAGUAUUUAUGAUGGUUUUGACUUACAACCCAUUACUGUAGCUGAAAUUGAUCAUGCAAGCUCAUCACACGAAGAUAAAAAAGAAGAUUCUGAAAAUGAUUUUUCUGAGAACAGUUCUUCUGAAAGUGACGAUGAACAAGAAGAUUCUAAUUUUGCUAAUUUUGAAGAUUCAAAUACAAUUUUGGAUGAAGUUGAUCAUAAUAAUUGUGAAGGAAUUCCUAGCUCUUUAGAGGAAUUUCAAAUGUUUGCAAGUUGUUGUUCUAAAAAUGAAAUAUCAAAUAUUGUUGAAAGCAUUUUAAAAGUUAACCUUCCUUCGAAAUCUGAGAAAAAACUAAUUAAAUUAGAAUAUUUCUUUGGCAUUAUUAUAGAAUAUAUAUUACAAAACUGUGAUGAUUCAAUAAAUAUUUGUGGUUUCCUUUUCCCUCAUUUAUACACUUUAGCUGAAGCUUCACCUUCCAAGACUGCUGAAAAACUUCUUAAUUUUUUAGAUCAUGAGCAGCAGUUAUUUCAAGAAAAUAAAGGACAAACCAAGAAGAAUUUUCCCCGAUUGCAGACUUUAAUAAUUUUCAAAAUUUGUAGUGUUUUGUACUCUGUUUCUGAUUUCAGGCAUCCAGUUAUCACACCUGCUGUGAUAUUCAUGAGUGAUAUUUUAUCUAGCAAAUUUUGCAUCAAUGCUCGUAAUAUUGUUAUCCGCCUUUUUAUUUCUAGAAUAAUUUUGAACUGUAUAGCACAGUCCAAAAGACUUGUUCCAGAAGCUUUAGGUUUCCUGAAUAAAUUGCUGACUUUGGCAGUACAUGGCAAAUCUGAAAAUAAAACUGUUGCAGUUAAAAGCCUGAAAUGUAAUCUUGUUUUGUAUGAAAAAUUGGAUCUAAAAAAAAUUGAACCUUUAAAUUUAUUGCAUCCAUUCAAAAAGACUUGUAAUAAUUCUGAAAAAAUUAGCAUUCUUUUUGAAGUUGUUCAGCAGUUACAACAAUUUGCAACUUUGUAUGUACAUUUACCAUCCUAUUCUGAACUGUUUUCUAAAACAAUACAAAACUGCUCAAAGCUUCCAAGAGAUAAUUAUCCAGAUAAUCUCAGAGAAGCUUUUGCUACGUUAUGUCACAAUAUUAAUAUCAAUUCUCAUAAAUUAUUACAUCUUACCUUUGUUAAUUGCAAGCCCAAACCUUUGAAGCUAUUUGAGCCAGCUUUUGAUUCAAAAUUUAGUACUAUAAAAGAUGAUAUUUCCAAGAAAAGAAAACUCAUAAAACGUGUAUCUCAAAAAAUAAGGAAAGAAGAGAAAGGUCUGUUGCGAGAAAUGCGUAAAGACUCUAAAAUGAUUGCUUCAGAGAAAUUAAAUGAGCAACUUGAAGCAGAUGAAGAAAGAAAGAGAAAAGUAAAACAACUAUAUGCAGAACUUGCUGUUCAAGAAGGAGAAUGCAAAAAAUUUAAAAAGAAAUCGUAGUGAUUUUCUUCAGAAGUAUCUGAAUAUAACUGUUUUAUUUCAAAAGUGCAACCAUUAUUUUCUUCAAUAAGUAAUCUACAGUUCUUUAUUUUCAAAAUGUUGCUACAUCUAAUUUUUCUCACUUAGCUGAUGGCUAAUCUCAGAGUAAGAACUGACAAGUUUGAUAAAUUAUUUUUCUAGUUAAACAUUUAAUUCUGUUGUAUAAAGUAUUAUUUUGUAAAAGUGAAAUAAAUGUGUAUCUUUGACAUUGAUAACUAUACUUAUAUAUUGAAAUGUGUUUUUGUCAUUAUGUAAUUUGUUUGAUUCAAUAGAAGCAAAUCAAAUUUCAUAAUCUGAAAAAAAAUUUUAUGGUUGAAAAUUAUAACUAACUUUUGGCUAAAUAUUGAUAUCUAACUGCAGUAUUAUUUUAUGCAUGAUUAUGGCCUUCUUACUUAUAAAUAUUAGUAUUUAUAGUACUGAAGAUUAUAAUUUACUUACCAUAUAUUUGCAAAUGUAAGCUGAGAGUACUGUUUUUCCUAAAAAAUUUAUCCAAAAUUUAAAACCCAUAUAUAUAAAGCUGAAAUGAAAAAACAAAUUCCUACAACAUUCAAAUAUGUUGCCAUGAGCACAAAAACAUUGCCAAGUAGGUAAAAUGGGUGGGAUGCUUUUUAAUCAAAUCGUAAAGUGAAAAAAGCCAGAUGCCAAUGACAUAGUUUUAAAUCUGGCAACCCUGUCUGAAGCUACCAUAUUUUUUCCACUGUUUUGAAGUCCUUGACUGUGAUAUUUGUGCAAGUUUUAUUUUGUCUGAAAGAUGAGUAGGAAGACAAAUUUUUAUUGGUAAAUUUCAAACUAUAGGUGAUGGUGUUUGCUGAAAAUUCUAACAGUAUGGAGUGUAUCUCCAUAAAAGAAAAACAAGUUUGAGAAUUAAGUAAAAAACCUUUACAAUAUAAACAGUUUCAAAAAUAAAACAUCUCAUUUCAUUUUAAAAUUAUUUUUUUCAUAAACUUAAGAAAUAAAAUAGUGCUAUAUUUGGUGAUUUAUCAUUUGCAGUUAACUGAAAAAUAUAUUUACUGGAAGAUUAAUGGAUCCGUGUAUAAGCUUACCCUCGUAAUUUAGCUUUAGGGAAAAGUUCCAACAAUUCUUAGUGUAUACAUGAAAAUAUAUGGUGUCUAUAUUUUUUAAAGUAUUGCCAUAUUUGCCGAUGUAUAAAACACAUUUUUUUCUUAGAUAAUAGGUCUGAAAAAUGGGUUGCAUCUUAUACAUUGAUAAUUAUUGCGCCGAUACGUGGUUUGUAAAUGAGUCAAAGCUUCAUGAGAUGCUGUAAAAACAGAGACAGUGCUUAAAUCAUUUAAGAAAUGUGGCAUUACUAGUAAUGCACUGGAUAGUACAGAGGACAAUUUGUUGCAAGGACAAGACUAUGCUGAUUAAGAGGUUUCAAGUGACUCUUCAUUGAGCUCUGGAGAUGAAUGCCUGGGUUUUGUCAAAGGUGAUUAAAAGUUGUUCUUUCCUAGAUAGAUUGGGUAUUUACAGAAAGUGCACUUUGUAUUUGUAUUAUUUUGUAGUUAAAAAUUCAUUAUAAAUGAUCAGUAAUAAAAGUUUUAUCCUUCAAAAAUAUGUAUAAAAAAGGGGCGAGUCUUAUACGGCAGUAAAUACAGUAUAUGUGAUACAAAAUAUGAGAUUUUCUAUCAUUGGAAUUUGCAGAUUUAAAAUCACUAAUUCAAAUCAAGUAAGUUAACAUGUAGAAGCAGAAAUAAUAAAAUUAAAAUUAUGAAAUAGUU